AUGUCUCACCAAAGCGGUAUUCAAGUUUCGGAGGAACUCUCUAAAGCCUUCACAGAUGCUGUUUCUAAUGGCAAUGUUCGUGUUAUUCGUGUUUCUAUUGACAAUGACUACAAAAGUUAUGUUAGUGACUAUCUUGAAACAACUACACCCGCUUAUAUAUUUGUUCGUUUGGACGAGAGAACAACUUCCACUGGAGAAUACAAGUGGCUUUUUCUCUGUUACGUACCUGAUAAUGCUAAAGUCAGAGAUAAAAUGCUCUAUGCUUCCACAAGGGCUACUUUAACUAAGGAAUUAGGUGAUUAUAGAUUUGUUGACAAUAUUUAUGGUACGGAAAAGGCUGAGUUCACAUGGGAAGGCUACAAAAGGCACUUGGCUCACAAAGCGGCAGAAGCACCAUUGACAAGACGAGAACAAGAGCUUGCAGAAAUCAAAGCUGAAGAGGCGAAAACAGUAUCUAGUUAUCAGGGAACAAGUACCAGAAAGAGCUAUGCUCCAGGAGUUGCCUUUCCAUUGACUGAAAAAGCUAUUGAAGCUCUUUGUUCAUUGCAAGCCGAAAAAGAGCAUCGAUCUCACAACUUCGUCUCAUUGUGUUUAGAUAAUGAAAGGAUAGACUUGGUCGACGUGCAGAAUAUUGGAAUUGACGAUUUGAGUAAAACUAUUUCUCAAAACUCUCCUAGAUUUACCUUCUAUAACUAUGAUAAUGGAGCAGAAGAAACAAUAGUGUUCAUUUAUACAUGCCCUUCACAAUCAAAAAUCAGAGAACGCAUGUUGUAUUCGUCAUCGAAAUCAAAUGUUAUCGCAGCAGCAGAAAACAAUGCUUCUAUUCACGUUUGUAAAAAGUUUGAAACAAGCGAUCUGGAAGACUUAACCAAAGCUUAUUUUGAAGAAGAAUUGAAGAUUGGCGCCAGUAAGUCAUCCGGUUUCGAUUCACCACACUCCACUGGUAGUAUUGUAGGAAAUAGAAUUCAAAUGCUUGGAGGAGCAAGGCAGGGUUUUAAGAGACCUGUUGCGCCUGGCAGAAGAAGACCAGCUUCAACUAAUUCAGCCAACUCUAAUACGACUUCAAGCUUAAGCUAG